AUGUUGUCCGUACCCCACCUCGCCCUUGCCCUCAUCCUCGUUGGCAUCAUCCGACUUGUCCAGAGGAGGCUUGCCGCGCGCCUUGCGUUUCGACGUAUCCCAGGACCGAGCUGCUCGUCUCUGAUUUGGGGGGAAGAGCAGAAACUGUACUACAAUGUGCCCGGGUCGUUACAUCUUCAAUGGCACAGACACUAUGGCAAUGUUGUCAAGUUCACAGGAGCGUUCGGUCACCAGGUCCUUUCUAUCACAGAUCCUCGCGCCAUAUCCUAUAUAUUAGGUGAAGGAACAUACUUGUUUCCCAAACCUCAGGGUGUGCGUGCUUGGUUUCGGACCUUGUUAGGCGAAGGUAUUUUGUGGGUGGAAGGAAAGGAGGCCCACGAAAAACAGCGCCGUUCACUCGCGCCUGCGUUAAGCCACCAAUCCACAAGGAAUCUAACCACGAUUUUUUACGAGAAUGCUUCCAAAAUGGCCGCUCAUUGGGCAAAGCAGCUCGAGGCCGGCGAGGCCGACGAGGUAGAGAUCGAGAUGACAAACUGGUCUGGUCGUUAUGCGCUCGAUAACAUCGGACAGGCCGCUUUUUCCUACGACUUCACUUGCUUAAACGGGGAACCGCAUGAACUUGCCCAGACCCUGGACGGUCUGACUAACCACGAGCAGACAAGAGCGUCAUUCUACAUGCGCGCCCUAUUCUGGCUGGUCCCCUCCAUUCUUUUCGUCGGUAAGAAGGGCGAGAUGAUUCGCAAGACACGCAAUGAGCUUGGCAAACUGGCGAUCAGGAUCUUACACGACGCCAAAAUAGCCGCCGAUCCAGAUAGCAAGACCCUCAUGUCCUUGAUCUUGCGAGCCGAAGAGGCGGCUUCCGGACAACAGAUGGAUGAAGAGCAGAUUUCCGCUCAGAUGCGAACUAUUAUUUCAGCGGGGUACGAACCUGUUUCUGCAAGUGUAGCCUGGAUGCUCCACGAGCUUGCCAUCGAUCCUCGGUUGCAGCAAGCCUUACGGGACGAGGUCUCUACCGCCGGUGAUCCCUCCUUCGAUGACUUGCGCGUCAAGUAUCCACUAUUGGAUGCUUUCGUGAGAGAAACCAUUCGUAUGCAUCCUCCCGUUCUGGAAAACCACCAUGAAUCUGCAGAGACGACUAGCAUCCCACUUUCAGAACCACUUCCUGGAACUAGUGAUCUCCAUCUGAUCAUACCAAAGGGAACCAUCCUCUCGAUGCCUGUGAACGUCAUCCAACAGGACCAAACUGUUUGGGGUCCCGACGCAGACGUAUUCCGUCCUGAACGCUGGUUGAAGCACGAUGCCAGCAACCUGAGCCACCGUUGUCACCGAGACCUGUUUGCCUUCAGCUUCGGCCCUAGAGGUUGUCUAGGAAGGAGCUUUGCAAUAGUGGAAAUGAAGGCUCUAAUCGUCACACUCAUCCGCCAAUUCUCGUUCUCUUGUCCUUACGAGAUCGAGGCUUUCCAGAGUUUCGUCAUUCGGCCCCGUGUUGCAGGACAAGGGCCUAGUUCACUUCCUCUUCUCGUUAGGAAGGCUUGCUACUAGUCGACAAACUUUGAAAAUGGGUAUCAUUAUCAUAAAUAAUCUUAAUAUGCAACAUUUCAAUGAUAGAAGUAGAAACAAGUAGACAUGGCUCUACUGUAUAUCUUUCGAUCUUGGUUCAUUUUUGCAGAUUAUCAGGAGAUGGAACUCUGGAAGGCUCCUCCUGUAUGACGUGUUUCGGACUGGAGAUUCUACCGU